UCGUGACAAGGCGCUGGCGUAAACAGUGACCAAUAACGUUUUCACAGUUAAGAGUUUUACUUAAGACGUUUAUUAACAACCUGGAACUCAAAAUAUGAAAUAAUUUAACAGUAUAACAUAAUAUACAUACCCCAUGUAGUGAUUAAUGUAGUGAUUUCGCGUUUGAGACGGGACUUGCUUGAUAGAUGUUAUCUCGGUAACGCUAGCUAGCUAGCUGCGUAGCUAACAAUGGAUAACUGUAUGGUUUUUCACACUCAAAUAGCCUCCAUCAUGGAGGUACUAGCGAAUGCAGCCGUGGCAGAGAUCUGUAAAGUCGUAGACGACGACUAUGCAGUGUUUCGUUUGGAAAUAACUCAAAGCCAGAAAGAGAACAGGGCAUUGCGGAGGAAACUACAGCUACUAGAACUGAAGGUGGCACGAGAGCGCGUCCUCGCCAGUCCAAGAAGCAUCAAGAUCUUGGACGGAUACAGAGGAAUGGCAAGAGGUGAAGGACAUCUCACUGGAGGCCACAGGAGCUUUGUGAAGCCAGCGGGACACAAUAAAUGGAGAGAUGACCAACCAAUCACUGUUGAUGAGGGGAGUGGAACCUCAACCCAGCACAUUAUCAUGAUAGAGUCUGCAGAUGCAGAGGCUGCAGGUCCUGAAGGAUCAUCGCUGGUCAAGCAGGAGAAGUCUGAAGGAGAGGAGGACCCACAACACAGCAGAGACAUCCAGACUGGAGCAGCGGCUGUAGUGGCGCCCCCUGUAGCCACAGAGGACCUUGCCCCCGGCCCCCAGCCCAGGACCCGAUGCAACAUCACGGAGGAGGAGGGUCCAGAGGUGCUGCUGGUGAAGGAGGAGGGGUGUGAGGAGGGUCUGGGGAACACUGACGGGACCAUGGUCAUGGAGGACAACCAAACUACACCUCCUCCUGAACCCAGAGAGGAACCAGCUGAGCAGCACAGAACCACACACAGUCUCACUGAGUCAGUAGACAUGGAGGAUGGGAAGCCUGAUCUGUUGCUGGUCAAAGAGGAGACAAUAGAAGACAGACCAGAGAGUAUUGAUUUGCUGAGUGAACUUAAGAUGGGGGAGCAAGGUGGUUGGCUGGAGGCUGGUAGUGGAGACUAUGUGGCCAUCUUGGAUUCCCAGACUGGUGCAGCCAAGGACCCAGGGGACAACAUCACUGACCAGUCCAGGACCAGAGGUGACAUAGUGGAGGUCAGUGGAUGGGACAGCGUCCUCAAGUCUGGAGUGGGGAACAACACCUUUAACCACAACCAGAAACAGACAGUCGAACACAAAACAACAACCAAAUUUAGUCGCCAUGACAACAGACUGGCUGAGACCAGGGCGAGGGGUAGAUUUGGUCUGCAGGGACGGGGAGGUGUCCGUAUGCGGCAGAAGAGGACAGACACAGACUCUGCUAGCGAUGCUCCGUCCUGCUCCUAUAGUUGUGAUUCAGAGAGACUGAUGGCAUCUCAGGUUAACCCCCUAACAGGUGCUGCCUUCAGCCUGCCUUCUAUAGGAUCUAUAAACUGGAACAUGGACCCUGCAACAACACAGACUCUCCCUGGCCUUCAUCCUCCUCACACUCUCCUAAUGUUAAACCAGACCUCAGACAAUGCCAGUGCCUCAACACUAAAAGGCUACACAAGCCCAUUGACAAAUGACAGUAGUAGAGACGCUAUCAGCAGAUCUGGUGGCAAAGAGAAGCGCUUCCCGUGUUCAUUCUGUGGGAAAGCCUUCAGUUUCCCCAAACAGGUGGAGAUCCACCAGAGGAUGCACACAGGGGAGAAACCGUUCAGCUGUCAUCUUUGCCGGGCCAGUUUCUCCCAAUUGUCCAACCUGAAGAGGCACCAGAGGGUCCACACAGGGGAGAAGCCUUACAGCUGCCCCCAGUGUGAGAAGAGGUUCUCCCAUCAGCACCAUCUGAAGAUACACCUGAAGGUCCACACAGGGGAAAGGCCUGUACGCACUGGGGAAAGAGUUUCUCGGAGAGGAGCUACCUCAGGAUACACCAGCAGAAAAUGCACACGGACAAAGGUCCCGUCUAAUGCCUGGUGACUGGGUUCAUACAAGGCCUGGGCCUAGCCUUCCUCAGUUACCCCACCAAUACAGACAGGGUCAGGAUGGGCAUUCACCACAAGAGGUACCUAGCCUAUAACACGCAAGCACACAAUGCCAACAACACCCAAACAAUGACUAGAGGUCAAGGAGGGAGCUCAAAGACUAACCACCUGAGCGUGGCUCCUGCUUCUACCUCCUCUGAUGUCAUUGGGUCACAUCAUGGGAGGUCGAGCCUUAGGACGGACACCGACAAGCCGUAUGCCUGCCCCACGUGUGUAAAGCACUUUGCUGAGGUGAACCAUGUGAAGAAGCACCAGACCGUUCACACUAAGGAUAAGCCCUUCAAGUGCAAACUGAGUAACAUUAUCAGACAUAGGAGUGUCCACAAUGGGGAGAAAUCGUAGCAGUUUGUCUUCAGAUGUACACAGAGGAUAUCUGGGAACCAUUCUUUAGCUGACAUACAAUGGGGGAAAAAAGUAUUUAGUCAGCCACCAAUUGUGCAAGUUCUCCCACUUAAAAAGAUGAGAGAGGCCUGUAAUUUUCAUCAUAGGUACACUUCAACUAUGACAGACAAAAUGAGAUUUUUUUUCUCCAGAAAAUCACAUUGUAGGAUUUUUAAAGAAUUAUUUGCAAAUUAUGGUGGAAAAUAAUUAUUUGGUCACCUACAAACAAGCAAGAUUUCUGGCUCUCACAGACCUGUAACUUCUUCUUUAAGAGGCCCCUCUGUCCUCCACUCGUUAACUGUAUUAAUGGCACCUGUUUGAACUUGUUAUCAGUAUAAAAGACACCUGUCCACAACCUCAAACAGUCACACUCCAAACUCCACUAUGGCCAAGACCAAAGAGCUGCCAAAGCACACCAGAAACAAAAUUGUAGACCUGCACCAGGCUGGGAAGACUGAAUCUACAAUAGGUAAGCAGCUUGGUUUGAAGAAAUCAACUGUGGGAGCAAUUAUUAGGAAAUGGAAGACAUACAAGACCACUGAUAAUCUCCCUCGAUCUGGGGCUCCACGCAAGAUUUCACCCCAUGGGUGAAAAUGAUCACAAGAACGGUGAGCAAAAAUCCCAGAACCACACGGGGGGACCUAGUGAAUGACCUGCAGAGAGCUGGGACCAAAGUAACAAAGCCUACCAUCAGUAACACACUACGCCGCCAGGGACUCAAAUCCUGCAGUGCCAGACGUGUCCCCCUGCUUAAGCCAGUACAUGUCCAGGCCCGUCUGAAGUUUGCUAGAGAGCAUUUGGAUGAUCCAGAAGAAGAUUGGGAGAAUGUCAUAUGGAUGAAUCCAAAAUAUAACUUUUUGGUAAAAACUCAACUCGUCGUGUUUGGAGGGCAAAGAAUGCUGAGUUGCAUCCAAAGAACACCAUACCUACUGUGAAGCAUGGGGGUGGAAACAUCAUGCUUUGAGGCUGUUUUUCUGCAAGGGGCCAGGACGACUGAUCCGUGUAAAGGAAAGAAUGAAUGGAGCCAUGUAUCGUGAGAUUUUGAGUGAAAACCUGCUUCCAUCAGCAAGGGCAUUGAAGAUGAAACGUGGCUGGGUCUUUCAGCAUGACAAUGAUCCCAAACACACCGUCCGGGCAACGAAAGAGUGGCUUCGUAAGAAGCAUUAAGGUCCUGGAGUGGCCUAGCCAGUCUCCAGAUCUCAACCCCAUAGAAAAUCUUUGGAGGGAGUUGAAAGUUCAUGUUGCCCAGCAACAGCCCCAAAACAUCACUGCUCUAGAGGAGAUCUGCAUGGAGGAAUGGGCCAAAAUACCAGCAACAGUGUGUGUGAACCUUGUGAAGACUUACAGAAAUCAUUUGACCUCUGUCAUUGCCAACAAAGGGUAUGUAACAAAGUAUUGAGAUAAACUCUUGUUAUUGACCAAAUACUUAUUUUCCACCAUAAUUUGCAAAUAAAUUCAUUAAAAAUUCUACAAUGUAAUUUUCUGGAUUUUUUUUCUCAUUUUGUCUGUCAUAGUUGACGUGUACCUAUGAUAAACUACAGGCCUCAUCUUUUUAAGUGGGAGAACUUGCACAAUUGGUGGCUGACUAAAUACUUUUUGCCCCACUGUAUUAUAGUUAUCAUGUGAAGUGUCUUUGGGUAAGAGGGUAAUUAACAAGGUUUUAUGAAUUAUGUAGUUAACUUGUCAUUUAAAAUAGGCUUGUGUACCUGUUUUUAGAGAGACUAGGCUAGAAUAAAGGACAGUUUAAUAUUGACCUUACUGAGGUGAUGUAGAUGGAUUAAAGUAAUUAUUAUUUUCUACUCCAUUCUUGCUAAACAAGUCUGCGCUCAGCUUGAAAGAUACUGAUCAUAGGAGAUUUGAUGUGUAAUGUAAUAAGCAGUACCUUAUUUCAAAGAACAGCGUCAAUAACUUGUUCAUUUAAUUACACCCUUUGAGCUAUGACGCCAACCAAUAAGAUACUUUCUCUUCAGUGUAAACAGAAGUGGGUGCGGCUAGGCGACAAGGUGGAAGCGGAUGUGGAACUUGAAUCGGAUGGCGUUUGAAAAAAGGAUGAGUGGAUUUUUGUCCAAAAGAAUGGGAAAAGGAGAAAAAAUUGUGGAAAAUGUCUAGUUCUAAUCAUAUCCCAUUUUAUCUGAUAUUCCUGUGGUUUUUGGAAAAACAAAUGUAGGCCUAUGCCAGACUUGGUGAAUCCGUUUCCAUGUAGUGUGUUUCUGCUGAUCAGAAAAGGCGUGUCUCAACCAAAUUUAUGAAUAUAAUGUGUCUUGCAUUGAUGUGCCACCUGUCAAAAUGAGUCAUUUUUGGAGUCUUGGAAGAAGUCGACAUUGCUCUACUGAGGAAUGAAUUGUGUGGUAAAUGACAUGAAGGAGAAGAGUUUGUCUGUCCUUCUUUUUUUUAUGUGGAGUGUCUCUCAAACCAAGUACAGCUGUGAUAUGUGUGCUAUCCUGUGAGAUCCUUUAUAUACAGACUAAUUAAUAAACUGAUGGAGAAGCUA